UUGAGUUGUCAAGAUGACAGCUGAGGUGUUAUGUGAGAUUACUUCACGUUUGUAAAUAUGGAUUGGAUUUAAAAUUUAAUUAGAGAAAAUGCCAACGAACGACAAAUUAUUUUUCCACAGGGCAGUGCAUCAAUUAGCGCAAUGCCUUUCUGCAAUAAAAAAUGUUUCGUGGGAAAAAGUUCAACCCUUGUUUUCGUUAUGUCCAGUGUUGAACUCAAACGGUGGAAUCACAAUAAGUACUAGACAUCAGGAUGCGGUUAUAGCCUUAGGAAUUUUUCUUUUAGAGUCAGGUUUACAGCAUAAAAAUCGAAUAUUACCUUAUUUAUUGAAGGUAGCCAAAGUUCUCGAAAAAGCUAACUGGAGUGAUGAAAAUAAAAUAAAUAACACCGAUAGAAUCCCUGUAGCUGAAAAAUUCAGUUUCUGCCUUCACACCUUACUCAGUGACAUAGCGGUACGAAGUGAAGAAGAUUGUGAAGAAAUUAUCGACCUACAAGUGAAAUGUCUAGUUUCGAUAACUCAAAGUAUUAAAAAGUAUCAAGAAUCCGAAACACUCAGCUCAUCAACAAAACUUUUCCUGUGCAAAACUACUCUCCCGGUUCUAAUUGGACUCGCUAGGGCUUUGGGCAGAUUUUGCACUUUGGAACCACCGUUAAUAUGUCAGCUGUUUCCUGAGGAUAUUGACAAUCCUGUUAACGUUAACUCUGUUAAUAAUGGUAGCAAAGGUAGUUUUAGCAACUUUCGAUCGAUAAUUCCCAGAAGUUUGAGUGGCAAUCUGUCAAAUUCUGUCGAUGGUUAUGACACUACCGACAUUGCUUAUAAUUCGAAUUCCUUGAAACGUGGUUCUCUUAUCGCACAGAAUCUUGGGAAUUACGAUAUAACCACUUAUUUCUUUGCCAAAUUCGGUUCUUCCUUCAAUCAGUUCCCGUAUCUCAGAAUAACAGAUCCGACAGAUAGGAAGGAAAGAUUGACAUUCCCUCUGAACAAAUUACAAACGAUCCUGAGUCUCAGUAAGCAGUUGCUGACCAAAGACACGCUUAAAUUUCUAGACGAACAGAGUUUAGAAGUAUACUCAACUGGUAAAAUCAAAAUAUUUCCUUAUAAAACCUUUUCCGAAACCAUAAACUUGGUGAUGGUUACUUUGAUGAGGGAGUUGUUGCAGCCCCAAAAAGAACUACCGGUUGCCUUCACGAAAGACGUUCAAGAGUUUGUUAAAGGGUUGUACUUGAAUGGACAGACGGAGUUGCAGAGUAGGAAUCAUGAUGCCAGCGAAAGGGAGGAUAAGGAGAGUAAUUAUGCGCUGGUUAAUAAAUUUAAGGUUAACGUGAUGGCUAAUGCUGCAUGUGUGGAUCUUCUUGUUUGGGCCAUAGGAGAUGAGACAGGAGCCGAUAGUCUUUGUGGGAGACUCACAGAAAAAAUCAAUUCGAAUCAUGGAUAUCGAUUGGUGCUUGCGCAUAUGCCACUCCUUAUGGUUUGCCUAGAAGGCCUAGGUAAAUUAGCCGAAAAAUUUCCUAACAUCGCUUCAACCUCGAUAUAUUGCUUGAGGGAUUUCUUGAUAACGCCUUCACCGAUUUUAUCGAAACUUCAUAGACAAGCCAACGAAAAAAGCAACAAAGAUAACAACAUCAAAAUAACAGGUAAAUAUUAGUGGAAACACAAAAUAUUCAAUAAAUUUAGCUGUACCAUUAAUUUUCUCCAAUUCUGACUUUCCCUAGCUCAAAACGGAACAUUGAAAGUGGAGACCUCGAAAAAUCCAAGUCAGACUCAAUUAGCCUUCGAAAAACUAAGGGAUGCUGCCAUAGAGAACCUAUGCUACGCCUUGAGUGCAGCCCAUUCCCUAGAUCCAGACUGCGUGAGAGCUUUAGUGGCCAGCGUGUCAAACAGAUUGUUCACAGCUGAGAAAAGCGACAGCGAAUCAACGCUGAUAUCGACGAAUAUCGUGAUAAUGUUGGGUCACGUGGCUGUAUCCAUGAAGGGAACCCCAAAAACAACGGACACCAUACUGCAAUUUUUCCAGCAGAGGUUCUGCAGGGUCCCAUCGGCUCUGGACACCCUCAUAGUCGAUCAGUUGGGGUGUAUGAUCAUCGCGCAGUCCGAGCCCCACGUCUACGAAGUGGUCAUGAAGAUGUUCACGAUGAUCACUGUGGAGAGUAGCAGUGCCGCUUAUGGACAUGCCGGAAGUGAGAAAACUCAAUAUAGGCACGUAUCCAGGCCUGUGAUUAACGCGUUGGCUAAUAUUGCGGCGAAUAUACAGGGUGAACAACAAAUGAACGAACUACUUGGUCGGUUACUUGAACUCUUCGUCCAAUUGGGUUUGGAAGGAAAGAGGGCUAGUGAAAAGUCCCCAGGUGCACUUAAAGCGUCCAGUUCUGCUGGAAAUCUAGGUGUACUGAUACCGGUCAUCGCUGUAUUGUUGAGAAGACUGCCACCGAUUAAACAUCCCAAGCCGAGAAUCCAUAAAUUGUUCAGGGAUUUUUGGUUGUAUUGCGUUAUAAUGGGAUUCACAGCGUCUGAGUCAGGUCUUUGGCCAGCUGAAUGGUACGACGGUGUCAAGGAAAUAUCUGUCAAAUCUCCGGCUUUAAUAUCGCCCACUUCGAGUAGAUCGGAGAUGCGAGAAUUGCAGUAUACGAGCGCUGUAAGAAACGACAGCGUUUCCAUAACAGAACUGCAAGAAUUGCGUAAUCAAAUUCUGGACUUGUUGAAACAUCCUGCAGACGUUACAACCUACGUCAACAAGCUCUCCUUCGCCCAAUGCACCUUCCUUUUGAGCGUAUACUGGGUGGAAACCUUGAGGAUUCAACAUUCCGAAGAGCCCUCGUUGGUGACCAUAAUCACCGAUUACCUAAGCGAUUCAGCCCUGCAGAAGGACAAGGCGGGCAUGUGGAACUGCGUGUCGUCCGUUAGCGAGAGGGUUUUCGAGAAAUUCAUCGAGGUGAUGAAGAACAAACCAAAAAACGCUGCCAGGGAGUUGGAGCUUGAAAAACACGCCCAGUUUCUCCUCGUCGCUUUCAACCAUCCGCAUAAACAGAUCAGGAGGGUCUCGGAUAGGUUUCUAUCGAGUCUGGUCGAUAAAUUUCCCCAUCUCUUAUGGAGUCGAAGGGUUUUGUGGACAAUGCUGGAUAUACUUCAGGUGUUGUCUAAUUCUCUGAGAUUAGAUCCAAACCUAUCCACUCCGGACUUGAGGAUUCCCCAAACCCCUUGGUCUGUUCAGCUUAUGGACACCUUGGAGGCUAGAGAGGGCAUUGUCAAAGAUUUCGCAGCGAAUUCAGAACGUAUAAUCAAAGAGGCUAUAAAAUGGGCCCCACAGUGGACCAGAAGCCACGUUCAAGAGUAUAUAAACCAGGUGUUACAGUCCGAGGUGUGGCCCCACACUGGUCUGUCGAUGGCUUUGGAAUCUCUCUUACAAUUUGGCCCUUUGAAUCUGUACAGUUCACCGUUGAGCGUGAGCACUCUGGAAAAAAGGCCCAAAUGCGUUAAAAGUGAUUCUUCCAAGUUGAUGCUGACCAGUUCCAUGAGGGCUAAGUAUACCGGAGAGGUUCAAGGGAUGAUGACCGUGUAUAAUUCUCAUCCCGGUGAUCUGGACGACAUUAUAUUGAAGAAAGUAUGGAAGUCUUGCAAGGAAAAACAGGAUCAUCUCCAUAACGAGGCUCUCUGGCAGGCCACUGCUCUCCUGAUAUCGAACAAGGAGCUGAACAGGAACCUUUUGCACUGUAUUACUUGGUCCCAAGUGGAGCUGUUCACCGAAGAAGCGAUGAGAACGGCUGUAGAGUGCUGGCAGUGGCUGAUAACCUCCAAGCCCGAACUGGAGAUAAGAUUCCUGCAAGACAUGGUGGCCGCUUGGAAUUUCACCGUUCACAAGAAGCUGGGAAUUUUCUCGCCUGGUUUGAGCGGCACCAGUCCCUUGGCUGCCUUCGAAGGUUGCGAUUUGUCGACACAUCCACCAUUUAUCAAACCACACGCUAUAUGGGUGCAAUUUAUCUGUGAAUUGGUCGAGACGGUUAAGUACAGCAGUUACGAGAAAGUGGAGAUGUUGGCCGGUCUGAUCCAUCGAUCUCUGGCCAUGACGGUUGGUGUUAUGCCCCCCAAUCAGACCAGACAUGUGGCUGCGAUAGGCGUGAGAUUCAAGUUGUUAACUUGUGGGUUAUCGCUCCUUCAAGGUGAUAUUUUACCUAAGAGUUUAGCCAAGAACGUACUGAGGGAACGGAUAUACUGCAGCUGUCUCGAUUAUUUCUGCAAAACCGUUACUUGUCCCACUCAGAGUGCCCCCGAAUUGAGGGAAGAUAUAACGACUUUAGUGAGGUUCUGGCAGACCCUACACUCCGACAAGAAGUACUUGAAAGCCAGCGAUGUGGGAGGUCGGUGAUUUAACCUAACUCAACCGGUUAAUCCUUAUCGAAUUUCCCUAAUUGCAGAUUUAGACCUCGGAGUCACCCCUGCAAACAUGCCGAAUGCCACCCUGAACGAAUUGGUGAAGCCUGGUACAGUCAGUGCUACGGGAAGCAUAACUUCCGGUUGGAUCAACACCGUCCCCUUGUCGACCAGCACCAACACCCUGAGUAAGAGAUCGGCCAAGUCCACCAACACAAGGAAACCUCCCAUGGCUGACGGAUUCAUUAAAUGCUACCUUAAAAAGAGGAAUUUGAUAUUGGAACUGUUGGCCGUGGAGAUUGAGUUUUUGAUCGCUUGGCACAACCCGACAGGUAGGACUGAGUGGUUGAUUCCCGGGGAAGAUAAUAUAGCCUCUUGGAGGGCUAAGACUAUAACGGAGAAGCAGUGGCGGGAUUACACUAGGUUAGCUUGGGAUAUAUCGCCAGUUUUGGCUGUUUAUCUUCCAACCAGGUUCAGAAUGAAUGAUGCUAUUAUCAGCGAGAUAAAGCAUCAAGUUCAGUUGGAUCCUGUGUCGGUUUUCCACAUACCGGAGGCUUUACAGUAUUUAGCCACGACAGAGAACAUACUUAACGACAACAUAAAACUGGUCCAUAUGUUGACCUGGUCCAGGAUUUCACCGAUUCAAGCUCUAGCGUACUUUAGCAGACAAUCCCCUCCACAUCCAAUAACCGCCCAAUAUGCAGUAAAAGUACUUAGUUCUUACCAGGCAGACGCCAUACUAUUUUACAUUCCACAGAUGGUACAAGCGCUAAGACACGAUACUAUGGGGUACGUGACAGAAUUCAUCAAAUACAUAGCGAAUAGAUCUCAGAUAGUCGCCCAUCAGCUCAUAUGGAACAUGAAGACGAACAUGUAUCUGGACGAGGAGAUGACACAGAAGGAUCCUGUGCUUUACGACGUUCUGGAAAUUCUGAUCAAUAAUAUCAUACAGAACUUCUCGGGGGCUUCUAGACUGUUUUACGAGAGGGAAUUCGACUUUUUCGAGAAGAUCACCAGUAUCUCUGGGGAGAUUAGGCCCUACCCUAAGGGUCCGGAACGAAGGAGGGCCUGUCUCGAGUGCCUAAGUAGGAUAAAAGUUACUCCGGGGUGCUACCUGCCCAGUAACCCCGAAGCCAUGGUGCUGGACAUCGAUUACAAGAGCGGUAUACCAAUGCAGAGUGCAGCCAAGGCACCCUACCUGGCCAGGUUCAAGAUAGCCAAAUGCGGUCUCAACGAAAUGGAGAAAAUGGCCAUGGCUAUUUCCCUCAAUCAGUGGACCGAAGAACAAAGCGUGGGUAUGGAAACAUGGCAAUCUGCGAUUUUUAAAGUGGGUGAUGACGUGAGGCAGGAUAUGUUGGCGCUUCAGGUUAUUGGGAUCUUCAAGAAUAUUUUCCAGAGCGUAGGGUUGGAUUUGUACCUGUUUCCUUAUAGGGUGGUGGCAACGUCUCCCGGAUGUGGAGUGAUUGAGUGUGUCCCGAAUGCGAAAUCUAGAGACCAACUGGGUAGACAGACGGAUAUAGGGAUGUACGAGUAUUUCUUGAAGACUUACGGUGAUGAGAGCACCAAGGAAUUCCAGAAUGCGAGGAGGAAUUUCAUAAUAUCGAUGGCUGCGUAUAGUGUGGUGGGAUUCUUGUUGCAGAUUAAAGAUAGACACAACGGUAACAUCAUGCUGGAUAAAGAUGGACAUUUAAUUCACAUUGAUUUCGGAUUCAUGUUCGAGUCUUCCCCAGGGGGUAAUCUUGGUUUUGAGCCCGAUAUAAAAUUAACCGAUGAAAUGGUCAUGAUUAUGGGUGGUAAAAUGGAAGCAGCACCUUUCAAAUGGUUCUCUGAACUUUGCGUUCAGGCUUACCUUGCGGUCAGGCCUUACCAGGAUGCAAUUAUAACUUUGGUUUCGUUGAUGUUGGAUACAGGACUUCCAUGUUUCCGUGGUCAAACUAUAAAACUUCUACGGGGUAGGUUCAGUCCGGGUGCUACAGACAGGGAGGCUGCUGCAUAUAUGCUGCAGAUUAUUCGUAAUAGUUUCCUAAACUUCAGGACCAGAACUUACGACAUGAUACAGUAUUAUCAAAAUCAAAUACCCUACUAAAACAACUGUAACAAGUGUGCAUUUAUCUUCCAAAGUAAAAUAGAUAUUUAGGUGAUUUUUAAAUGAUUCCGGUGUUCAAAAUGGAGAAUUCAUAGUUAUACUUAAUGUUUAAUAUCUCUAGUCGUUGAUUUUUGGAAGUGUUUUACUAACUGUUAUCGAUUUGUUGAAAUGUUUUCUCUCUCUCUCUCUUCCAUUUUAUAGUGUCUGUUUAAUCGGUGAAUUGUCCAUGUUUACUUAAUUUAAUUUGUUAACCCGGUAUUUUAUUGUUUAUAGUUGUAAAUAAUGAUGAAUUUACUCAAAGUUAUUUUAAAGUGGAAUAAAAUGUUCUUGCCAUA